AUGGCUGGUCCGCCCGACAACAUGGAAGAUAGCAUCCCGAAGGGUCCAAAGCCUGAGAAAGGCAACCGCGUUGCUGUGGAUCAGGAUAGACCAGGUAAGAGGAGUCGGGACGAGGCAGAGACACAAGUAACCCUGCUCCUCGUCCUCACAUACGUAACGUACGAUCUCUACACUCCCGGUGCCAUUCACGAUCAGGUUUUGGCCCUUCUCCGUACUGCGAUCGACAAGAUCGCUGCAGUGCCUGGAGGGUGUGGUCCUCGCUACCCGCAGACAGAAAUGAGAACAGGGGAGUUCAGCCCAAGCAAGCGUGUCAACGAUAGUCCGGCCAAGCCUGCCACACCCAAACCUCGACGCGAAGAGUCCCCGAGUCCCGCUCCCAAGAGGACGAAGAUGGGCCAGUGCUCCUCGCCUUCUUUGAUGGGUUGA